GUAUCUUGUUUAUGACACUAUUUUGAAGCAGUCAAGUUAUUUCCUUAUGGCAGUUGUUAGGACAGGCAGGGUAUAUAGAGAGGACUGAGACCUGAGCAAAAUAAACCACAAGAAGAGAAACACAUUCGAGACAAACAACCAAGACAACAAGAAUCCAGCAUUAUCAUCAAUUUUCUUCCAGUCUAAGAAUGAAGACAGCGGCACUUCUGCUAGCCUUAGUCUUCUGUCACCUGUCAGUGGCUCAGCUUCAGGACUCUGACGAGAUCAGAGUGAAUGACAUCACUCAGCAGCUAGACUACCAGAGAGCAGAGCCAAAGAGAUUCCUGCAGAGGAACAGGCAGUAGAGGCAGAAGCCACGGUGGACAGCCAACAAACCUGCUAGUCCAGCAUCUCCUGUGUGCUGAGAGAGAUGCGAGCUGCAACGGCAGAGCAGAAAGCAGAGCUGACAGCAGUGGGAGCUAAACUGAGAGCCAGUGAGAGUCAGGUGGAGGAACUGAGCAGAGCCCUUCAAGGUAGACAGGUGGCUUUUGUAGUGUCCAUCAGCAAUGUGGGCCACAUUGGCCCCUUCAACACUGAAAUCACUCUGAUCUACAAGAAUGUCUACACAAACAUUGGAAGUGCUUACAACCCAUCAACAGGAAUCUUCACAGCACCGGUCAGGGGAGUCUACUACUUCAGCUUCUCAGGUCACAACAGUUCUGCCAGACCCAUGGGGCUUCGACUGAUGAACAAUGGAGAACAGAUGAUUACUGUGUACAACCACGUCUCUGGAAAACCGAUAUGAGACCGCAACCAAUGGCAUCUCGCUGCAGCUGAAUGUAGGAGAGCAUGUUUACAUGCAACUUGGGGCCAAUACAUGGAUCUUUGACAAUAGCAAUAACCACAGCACAUUCAUUGGUCAUUUGCUCUUCCGUCUGUGAGGAGAAGGAAGCUCAUUGGUUGAUUUCCAGUCAUGUAAUUGUUCUCAGUAAGGUAGUUCUAAAACCAAUGUUUAGGGCAUAUUGGUUAAUCAAUGUGGUGAUCAUAUAUGAACACUAUUAAACUUGUGAAUAUUUAGAGUGGUAAUACAGGUGUACAUAUUAAGCUCAUUCUUGUGUAAUAUAUUUUAUAUGAAACUUGCUGAUUUAAUCCUUUUGUCUCUUAAUAAAAACCUUAACUGUAUAUAUUUAUCCAGAGUGGUGCUGAAAUUAGUCAGCUACACUUUUUAUUACACAACACUAACUGUAAAACACUUUGGGCUACAAUGUGUUGUACGAGAAAUGCUAUGCAAAUAAAGUGUAUUAUUGUUAUGA